AUGGGUUCUUCUGUUUCAAAAGCACUGGGGAAGCUGUUUGGUUCUCGUGAAAUGAAAAUUCUGAUGUUAGGUCUAGAUAAUGCUGGUAAGACUACCAUAUUAUACAAGUUAAAAUUGAAUAAGAUCAAGACUUCUGCUCCAACAGUAGGAUUCAAUGUCGAAACUGUUUCUUUCAAAAAUGUAAAAUUUAAUAUGUGGGAUGUUGGAGGACAAGAACGUUUAAGACCACUGUGGAGACAUUAUUUCCCAGGAACUACAUCAUUAAUUUUCGUGAUAGACUCGCAGGAUAAGGAUAGAUUGAACGAGGCAAAAGAAGAAUUAUAUAGUAUUAUUAGUGAAAAGGAGAUGGAAAAUGUUGUAUUGUUGGUUUGGGCUAAUAAGCAAGAUUUGAAAGGUGCUUUGAAACCGCAAGAAAUAUCAGAUUUCUUAGAAUUAGGUGAUAAUUUGAAAAAUCAAAUGUGGUGUGUCAUUGGUAGUAAUGCAUUGGCAGGUCAAGGUUUGGUAGAAGGUUUAUCAUGGAUAUCAACUAAUACUGCAAAAAAGUAA